CCACAGAAUGUCCGGCCGCUGAGGACGGUAUGGAGCGGUUCUCGUGUCCGUCGCCCGACCGUAUGGGCCGUUACCGGUGUAUCGAUGAUCACGUGCUUUGCGAUGGUUUCGUCGACUGUCCCAACGGCGAGGACGAGGACAGGAUGUCGUGUAUGUUUUACAAGACGUUUUUCCAGUCGACUGUUAAUAAGUGGAAAACAAAAGCGCAUUUGGAUGUAUUGGCUGACGCGCUGCUCCGAUGGGCCAGAGGUCGAUACUAAUUAUCAUUAAACAUCAAAUGUCUGUACCAUUCAAAUAACACUCACCACCACUACUACUACCAACCAAUACCACUACAACUAACAGCUAUUAUAUCCAUUAAAAUUAGUUUUGAAAUAACAAACUAUUGAAUUGACAAAUAAUUUUGAAGUCACACAACAGAUAGUAAUUACAAAC